UUGAAAAGUGUAAAAAAAUAUUUUUAAAUUACAAAAUAUUGGACAAGAAUUGGCAUUGGAACUGUGCAUACGCAUAGAAUUUUGAACCAAAACACAAAUAACCAAAGCGGUUUUUUCGAUUCGAAAUUUCUGUGCUGAAAUUUUGGCGUAAAACUACUUAAAAUCCGAAAAUUCCACAAUAGCAGCUUAAAACCACCAAACAAUCAACUAAUAAGAAGACAACAACAACAAACUGAAAGUCAGCAAUAAUUUAUCAUUACCAACAACAAUUAAACAGCAAAUACUUUGUGGCCAAAAAGUGUUAGCAGCAAUAACGGGAAUUCAGUAAAUCAAAAGUUCUAACCGUUAACUGGAAGUAUAACAAAACGCUAGCUGCACUUAUUUGCACUCAGCUACAACAACAACAGCAGAUCAACAACAACUGCAUACGCUAUAACAACAACUGCAGCAACCGUUACCGUAAGUAGCUGUUGUUAGAGCAGUACAAUUUCAUAACCUCAAAUCCAAAAGCCAAGUGUCAGCCGAACACAAUCAAGUCGCAAAAACAGCAAUUAUAAUUUGUACGCUCCGUAACGUAAAUACAAGAACAAGAAAACUAUUUCAGCUCUACUACAACAACAUUCGUCAAAAUGUCCAUAACACGUCAGACCGCCAUCGAAUCGGUGGCUGAGGAGGAGAAACAACAUCCACGCUGGUACGAUUGGGUCGAAAGGAAUGCCGUGCCCAAGCGUUUCGACUUUCCGCGACCCAAACGAGAGGUGACGCGCUGGCAGAAGCGCGGUCCGAUGACGCGUCGUGAUUGGGUGCGUUUCUACCGCUGGGCGGCAAAGAAUGCCACGCCACGUGAAAUACCACCACCACAUUGCCCCGAGCAGCCACCUUCCAAGGCCGAAGAGGGCAAGAAAAAGAAAAAGGAGAAGAAAAAGAAAACUUACACACUCGCUGAACUGCUCGAGCAUGCGGCACAGAUCAGUGAACCGCGCGACCCACGUGAGAAAUACGUUUUCCCACCACCGCCAGACUAUCCGUACGCUCCGAAAAUCUCGCUCAAGGAGCCAGCCAAAAAAGAUCCAGGACGACCAUUUCAGCCGAUCAAAGUGCCCAAGUGGUUUUAUCAUCUCGAGAACGAGACCGAGUUUUGGUCGACGCUGCGGUUUCCGAUCUUCCGUCCAGCGCUCAACUAUAAACCGACCGCGAAUAUGCUCCGACUGGCGUUGCCGCGCAUGGUGCCGCCGCUACGGCAACAUUGUCCGAUACCCGAGCCGCCGAUUGAGUACGUGGCGCCCCGCCGACGCAUGACCUAUCGGCAAUGGCGCGAGCAUCUGAGACGACUGGAGUAUCUCGCAAAGCCGGCAGCGCGGCCGUACUAUGUAGAAAUGUAUGAUUACGUGUACUAGUGUCGUGGGCAAAGUUAACGGUUAUUAGUUUAUAAUCGAAAGAUUAGUCGGUUAUUUUAUUAUUAUUUUAAAACGAUUCUAGAGUGUUAAGUUGUGAAACAGUUAAAAAAUAGUGCAAAUGAUAUUACAGAUGAUAAUUGGGGAGUUACAUAAUGGGUUAUAACGCAUGCUUACGGUAUAUUUGAAAGUGCUUUGAAAAGUGGCGACGUUGAAAGAAAGAUACUUUCAAGCGCUGGCAUUAAUCCUUUGUUGAACAAAAUGUACAUAUGAUGUGUUGUGAAGGGCGGGGUUGGGCGUAUCUCUUCCGAAGGCGUCGUUCGCUUUUUGGCGCGCAGAAACGCUGCGUGUGCGUAAAUGGCAGCUUAGCUGAACACGCUUGUGCUGCUAUUGUCAACCUUUUUUAGAUCAAGUAUACUCGAAUGUAGUUUUCAUAUUCAUGUAUUUUUGGUACAAAUUAUAUAUAUACACAUAUAUUUCUAUAAAAAUUAUUUCCUGUAAAAAAUUCAUCUGAAAAAAUUAUUACAUUGAAAAUAUAUUGAAGUAUGGUUUCGAAAAAACUGUAAAUUAAAUCAAA